AUGUCUACUACAGAUGCCUCUAUCAACACCAAUACGGGCAACCACCCCGUGGACCCUUACAAGACCCAGAAUUUUGAAGACCCGCCUCUCGCUCAGAAGAUCGAAGACCUGGUUGAAUUUAUCAACCACGUUAAAUUUGGCAUGUUGACGACCAAGCAGUCGGAAGGCGACUACCUCGCCUCGCGAUGUAUGGCACUAGCUGCGCAGGAGAACGGGGGCAUUGACCUCAUUUUCCACACCAAUCUCUUCUCCGGCAAAACAAUGGAUCUAACCGUGCACCCACAAGAAACAAACAUGUCCUUCCUCGAUCCCAUCAGUGGAGCCUGGGCAUCAAUUUCAGGCACUGCAUCAGUGAUUGGUGACCCUGCUAUCGUGGAAAAGUACUACUCGCCCGCACUCAAGGCAUGGAUUGGCGAUAUGGGCGAUGGUGUACACGACGGUGGACCCAAGGAUCCCCGGAUUGGCGUUAUCAAGCUCGAGGCCAAACUAGCUACGCAUGUUGUUGCGCACAAGGGCUUGCUUGGCCGUGCCUAUGAGACUGUCAAGGGUGCUGUGCAGGGCAACGUUCCUCAUGUCAAUGGCAUUCGAGAGUUGAGUAUGCAGGAAUUGGCUGAGUGGCGCCGGACGCACCAGGCAUAA